UGGUAGUACGUGCGUCACAGGAAAUGUCUUUCUAGUUUCUAGUUACACGCGUGAUGCGUUUUCCUUUAAAAUCGUGCUGUUAAAAGUUUCAGAACACGAUGGGACGUUACUCUCACGAACCAGUAAAUGCGAGCAAAUCGUGCAAAGCCCGUGGAUCGAAUCUGCGAGUGCAUUUCAAAAAUACGCAUGAAACAGCACGUGCUAUUAAGAACAUGCCCCUGCGAAGGGCGCAGAAAUACCUAAAAAAUGUGAUUGAACACAAGGAGUGUGUACCAUUCCGUAGAUUUAAUGGUGGUGUUGGCAGAUGUGCACAAGCAAAACAAUUCGGCACCACACAAGGUCGUUGGCCCAAAAAGUCAGCAGAAUUUUUACUCCAGCUGUUAAAAAAUGCUGAGAGUAACGCUGAUGCCAGUGGACUAGAUCUUGACCGUCUUGUAAUUAAUCACAUUCAAGUGAAUCAUGCCCCUUGUUUACGUAGGAGAACAUACAGAGCUCAUGGUCGCAUUAACCCUUACAUGAGUUCACCAUGUCACAUUGAGGUAAUUUUGACUGAGAAAGAAGAUUUUGUAGUAAAGAGUCCGGAAGAAGAGCCAUCAAAAAAGAAACUCAGUAAGAAAAAACUCGCCAGACAAAAGGAGAAAAUGAUGAGGGAAUAAUUUUAAAUAUUAGCUCGAUAUUGAAUGUAUAAUGAAAAAAAUGAAAAUUACAUUGGUCUCUAA